UCCGUCCGAGUGCUUGAGCAAAUCACGGUCCAUCCAUGGCCAGCUACACUUCUCUCCAUCUUCUUCUUCAUCUUCUCCUCGUCCUGCUUUUCUCUGGUCACGAAGUUGAGAAGAGAUGUGCAUGGGGAAGGGAAAUGGUGUAUCGUGAAGAGGAUGACAAGUAUGUUGUCGAAAUGAAUUCGAUGAUGCCGGCAACUAUUUGCAAAGGUCAAGUAAACGGACGUGGAUUGACAUUGGCACACAGGCAGGGACCCUGCUCGCCGCUUGCCGCGAACCGUCAAUCCCGCAAUUCUAAGGUCAUCUUUCGCCGAGACCAAUCGCGGGUCCGUUCCAUGAACAUCCUGGGACAACCUAGCAUGCCGACCUCUGGGGAUUAUGGUGAGAACGCCCAGCUGCCGAUUCGUGGCGCCACUCCCGGAGCGGGCGAGUACGUGGUCACCAUCGGCCUUGGGACCCCAAAAGUCGACCUGACCCUAAUCUUUGACACGAGCAGCGACAUCACAUGGACCCAAUGUGAACCUUGUCUUAGUUGCUAUCGUCAGCAAGACCCAAUGUUUGAUCCAUCCAAGUCCUCCACAUACUCAAACCCACCAUGCAAGGAAUCGGAUUGCCCCUACUCGAUCGUCUACGCCGACGGAUCGCAAUCCAACGGUUACUACGUCCAAGAUCUGCUCACCCUCACUCCGGAGUACCAGUUCCCGGACUUCAUCUUCGGUUGCAGCCAAAAUAAUAGCGGCGACUUUGGUCGCACGGCCGGUAUGCUAGGCCUCGGACAAGGAGGCGCGACCUUCAUCUCGCACGUAGCGUCAAAAUUUUCCAAUAUCUUCUGCUACUGCAUCCCUGGCAGUGAGAGCUCCAAUGGGUACUUACUUUUUGGGAUGGAAGCCCUUAGUAAUUGCCAAACAAACAACAUCACACCUCUCAUAAUUGACCAAAACAACCCAUCUUUUUAUUUUGUCAACCUGGUUGGUAUUGCCUUUGGGAAUCAGAAAUUUAGCCUCUCUUCGCAGUCUCCACCUCCUAGGACCAUCAUAGACUCCGGGACUACCAUCACCCGGUUGCCGCCCCCGAUUUACUCGGCCAUUCGCUCGGAGUUUGUCAGGUACAUGUCCAGCUAUCCCGCGACAAAGCCUGCAUCGACACUGGUGAACACCUGCUAUGAUCUUCGGGGUCAAGAGAAUGUGAUCUUGCCGAAGAUGGUCCUGCAAUUUGAGAAUACCGAUGUUAGCUUGGACCCGUCCGCCGUAGUUUGGCGAGAGAGCGACGCGCAAGUUUGCUUGGCCGUUGCGCCAAGCCGGAGAUCGAGUAAUCUGGUCAUAAUCGGCAACGUGCAGCAGCGAAACCUGAAGAUACUUUAUAACAUUCAAGAUAACAAGGUUGAGUUUGGGAAUGGUGGAUGCGACGCUUGAGAGCUACAGUUGAUGAAGAGAACUACAUAAGUGACGUGGAUAUCUAAACGAGUGUCUGUUUCUAUUUUGAGCAUUAUUUAACUGCGCAUGGCGUCCACUUAUAUGAUGUGUGUUGUUACUUUUACUUAACAGUAAUCCAUGUACUUUUAAUAAGAUCGUGAUGGCUGGAGUGGCUGUCCUUAUGUUUGGUCAACUGGUCGAUUCGGUUCGUACUUCCGCGCAAAUUCAAGUAACUUUCUCGUUGUACGAGGAUUUUGUGCCUAUCAUGUACCUACAUAGAUGCAGACGUGGACCUAACCUCCAGGACCAUUUGCAUUGCAAACGUAAUU